AUCCGCCCAUGUGCCACUGCCUGCAGCCGGCCUACUACUAGCUAGGCAUUCACCCAACAACAACGAACGACCUCACACACCUUCACACACCUUCGCAACAAUGUACGCCCACUCGCCGCCGGUCUUCGACCUCUCCUCCUCCGCUGCUCCUACACCACCGCCACUGCCUCUUCCUCUUCCUCUUCUACAUCAAGCUAAAGCCAACGACGCCAUCUACGACCACCUCGGAAACAAGGGGCAGCCAUCCUUGAUACCAGAGUAUGACCUUGGAGGAGAAGGGGACCUGUUCAAGGCUCCAGAGCCCAUAAUUGAAGAACCGCUGCUUACCCUCGACUCGGUAGCGGAUGCCAUCUCGAUAAUGUCCUGCGAUGAGAAUACAAUGGAUGACACCAUCCAGGUUUCAGACAUGGUUUUGAGUGAAGUGAUGUACGAGUGCGAGAAGGAGCUCAUGGAGAAGUCGGUGAUCGAAGAGACGAUAUCCGAACUUGUAGACAUCAUCCCUAUGUUACAAGUUGAGAAGGUCCCCGGAGAACUCAGGGCAUCACCUUUAGCCGGUGAAUGCUCACUCCAGAAGAGUGUUAGCUCUGAAUGCCUCAACUCGGCCGAUUGGAUGAAUGGGUCAGUGAGGCCAAAUUUCUUGGAUUUCCAAGGGCUCGACUUCGAGGCGGCAUUCGGGCUGAGCAAGAAAUGGAAUCUUGGUGCCAAUACCCCUCGACUUGUAACCAUCAGUGACCUAAAAACUGAGGAAAGGAAGCAGAAGCUCUCCAGGUACAGGAUGAAGAAGUUCAAGAGAAACUUUGGCAGAAAGAUAAAGUAUGCCUGCAGGAAGGCUAUGGCAGAUAGCCAGCCAAGAAUGCGAGGGAGGUUCGCCAAGAUGCACUGUGGCGACAUGCUCAAGCCGAGGAAAUAAAAUCAUGGGAAGACCGCCGAGGUUGCUGCGAAGCUGAUGAGGAAGACAAGGUUGUUGCAAGGAAUUAUGCUACUACUGAGCUACCAGUAAAGCUUGUCGUCGUCUAGAAUCUUCUAGGUGAGGCUACGAUUUCUCUUGCGCCGCGCCGCGCUGCCCCGUCGGAAUUAAUUUUAGUCACUACAUCAAUCUUCUACUCCUUGUGGAAUUUCUAUUUCACACCUUCCUUGCGCUGCAGGAGAGUGGAGAGCCCUUGCUAGGGAGGCUGCUCUCUGUGUACAAAAGCGACUUUUUAAGUCAUCAAAGAUGCAAUUUUCACCGCUGUUUCUAAUUUUUUUGCACAAAGUCGUACUUGGAACAAUGCUAAGAAACUAUCCCUGAUAUACAGAUAUAUAGAUACAAUAUAGAUGGUUUUAAAUCUAUCAAGCUUCAGAAUGCUUGUCCACAUACAAGGACAUAAUUUUGCAAGGCUUGUUUUGCUUUGAAAGUUGGCGCCCUGAAACUGAUAAGUCAAUUUGUUGUGGCUGAAGAUGGAAGAGCACUUCAGCAACCAUCAAACCAAGAGUACGUUGCGCUGGUAAUAAUAUUGAUACUACUAAGAUUAUUACAUGGCAAGCAAGAGAGGAGCCUGGGUUUCAUUAUUACCAUCUUCAAGCCUUUGUGCAGAGAGCAGCCUGCCUAGCUAGGGCUCUCCACUCUCCUGCAGCAGGAGGAUCAUAUUAUUACUAACUAUUACAGCAGAUGAGCACAGGGAAAUAGAAAUGUCACCCGAAGGAGCGGACUGAUGGAGCAACUAAAAUUAAUUCUGACGGGUGGCGCGGUGUUGCACAGCAGCCAUCAUCCUAGAAGACGGUGCGCCUCACCUAGAAGCUUGUAGAUGCCGACGAGCUUGCUGGAAGCUCAACAGUAGCUCAAAUUCCUUCCAUGCAGCCAUUUCUUCCUUCCUCUGCUGGCUUCGCGGCAACCUAGCCGGCCUUCCAUGGUCCUACUUCUUCAGCUUGGGCACGUCGCCGUCGUCCAUCUUGGCCAACCUCCCCCGGCACCCUUGGCUGGCCGUCUGCAAGAGCCUUCCUGCAAAGCAUACCAGAAAAAAAAUAUGCUAGAAAAGCCCACAAAAAUUAGAAACA